GCGUGCGGCGAGGAGGCGCGUCGACGUCCGGCGAACCAGGAGCAGGCGGCGACCGGCGAACGGCGAGCUGGCCUGCUGAUCUAGGCAUCUGGCAGCCUCGCAGUUCACCAUUUCCCCAAUCCCCAUCGAGCCAGAGAAAGAGACAGUCAGAUAGAGGUAUUUUCUUUUUCUUUUUCUUUAUUUCUCUGAACUUUCAAGCAUGAUUUAUGAACACAGAAUUAAUUUUAAAAUUUGAUUAUGAUUUAAAUUGCAAAUUGAGAAUGUUCAAAAUGUCUAAAAGAACAUUGCGCACAUAUUUCCCCAGUACAAGCGGUACUGGUACAUCAGCAACUCCAGGCACUAAUGAUAGCACAAAUCAACCAAAGAUACGUAGAGUGGAAUUUAGUCAAUCCAAUGUUGUUGGUGAUCCAGGAAAUCGCAAACCAAUUGAAGAAUAUGCACAUGAAAUUAGAGACCAAGUAAGAAGAGCAUAUGCUUUGAGUGGUCCAACCCAACCUCGUAAUUUUAUCUUUCCUCGCAAAUGGCAAACUGGUCAAUGGAGAUCAUUUCAAAAAACUUGGUUUGAUGAGUUUGAUUGGCUAGAGUAUAGUGAGAAGAAGGAUGCAGCUUAUUGCUUAUAUUGUUAUCUUUUCUUUGAUCCGGGGAAGCUUGAAAAAUUUGGUAGCUCUGUCUUUGCAAAGGAUGGGUAUGUUAAUUGGAAAAAUGCUAAGGACACAUUUAAUCAACACUCUACUUGCAAGACUCACAACAAUGCUAGGCUAAAGUGUGAUGACUUUAUGAACUAGAAAACAAAUGUCGGUAGAAAAAUCCAGAGAAUUAGCAAGGAGGAAGAGAAAAGAUAUGAGAUUCGCUUGAACUCUUCUAUAGAUGUAGCAUGAUUUGUCAUAAUGCAAGGUGAGGCUUUUCGUGGACACGAUGAGUCCUCUACUUCCAACAACAAGGGUACAUAUAGAGAAAUGGUCGAUUGGUACAAAGACAAAGUUGAGAUUGUCAAGGAUGCAUAUGAUAAAGGUGCAAAAAAUUGCAAAAUGAUAUCUCAUCAUAUACAGAAGGACAUAACAAAAGCAUGUGCAGAGGAAGUCAUGUCAAUAAUUAUGGAUGAGAUUGGAGAUAAAAAAUUCUCUGUGUUGAUUGAUGAGUCCCGAGAUGUAUCAAUAAAAGAACAGAUGGCUGUAAUUCUGAGGUAUGUGAAUGAUGAAGGGAAGGUGAUGGAGAGGCUUCUUGGACUUCAGCAUGUUGAGAGAUGUACAGCUGCUGCAUUGAAAGAAGGUUUGGUCAAUAUGCUUGACAGUCAUAAGCUACCAAUCUCUAGGCUUCGUGGGCAGGGAUAUGAUGGAGCUUCCAAUAUGAGAGACGAAUUUAAUGGUGUGUAAAAUUUGAUUCGAGAUGAAAAUCCUUAUGCUUUCUAUGUGUAUUGUUUUGCCCAUCAAUUGCAAUUAGUGGUUGUUACAGUUGCAACUUCUACUUCAGCCAUUGCAGAUUUCUUUAACUAUGUUUCUCUAAUAGUUAACACUGUCGGUGCAUCUUGUAUGAGAAAGGAUGCUUUGCUUGCAAAGCAUCGUGAUGUGUUGUUGGAGAAGUUGGAGAGUGGGGAGAUCAACACUGGAAAAGGUUUGAACCAAGAAUGUAGUCUAGCAAGGCCCGGAGAUACUAGAUGGGGUUCACAUCUUAAAACUUUACUUCAUAUUUUCGUGAUGUGGGAAGCUGUCAUAGACAUUCUUGAGAUAGUAAGGAAAGAUUCUGUUAAACCAACAAGUAAUGGGGGAGCAUUUGGUUUAAUUGGUAAAAUGGAGAGCUUUGAUUUUGUGUUCAUAAUGCAUUUAAUGAUACAAUUGUUGAGCAUCACAGAUUGUCUGUCACAUGCUUUGCAAAGGAAGGACCAAGACAUUGUUGAGGCAAUGCAUUUGAUCAUAGAUGUGAAAGAGCAGUUGCAGGAUAUGAGGGAUAAUGGAUGUGAUCCAUUAUUCAAAAGAGUGAAAGAAUUUUGUGAUAAGAAUGAGAUUGAAGUGCCAGAUAUGGACAAGAAAAUAAAUGCUAGAGGGAUAUCUGCACGUAGAAAGCAAAAGGUAACAAACAUGCACUUCUACCAUGUUGAGGUUUUCCUUGCUGCCAUAGAUGCCAUUUUGUCCGAGAUGAAUCAUCGAUUUGGUGAAGUUAGUUCAGAAUUAUUAGUAUGCAUGGCUUGUCUUAACCCAAGAAACUCCUUCUCUAAUUUUGAUGUGGAUAAGCUUGUGAGACUUGCUCAAAUUUAUGCUAUGGAUUUUGAUGUUGGUGACCUUAUUCUUUUGCCAACUCAACUGAGAAGUUUUGUCAGUCGUGCUAGAAGAACUCAAGAUUUUCUUGGAUGUGUGGAGCUUGGAAAGGUUGCUGAAAUUAUGGUCAAGACUGAAAUGAACACAUCUUAUCCAUUGGUGUAUCGGCUCAUUGAGUUAACAUUAAUUCUUCCGGUGGCAACAGCUGCAGUUGAGAGAAUAUUUUCUGCUAUGUCUAUUGUAAAGACAGAUUUGCGUAACAAAAUGAGUGAUGAAUGGCUCAAUGACUUAAUGAUAUGCUACACUGAGAAGGAGAUAUUUAGAAGCAUCAAGAAUGACAAAAUCAUAAAACGGUUUGAAGACAUGAAGGACCGGCGUAUGUUAGUGACUCGGAACAAUUUAGUGAUUUCUUCUAAUGCUUCAUGAAAAAUACGGCAGCGGGAAUGGGUCCUCAACUCGUCUUCGAUCGAUCUUUUGUUGGUUAGUCAUAACUCAUAAAAAUUGUAUCUUUCACAUCUUAUUAUGCGUUUUAUGAUGCAUUUUCGAUUUUUAUCUAAGUUAUCAUGUAAAACAUAAAAAAGUACAAUAUGUUAGCUUUAUAUGGGAUAUAACUAAGUUAAGUUCUUUCGUUCAGC